GAACGUGUUAGUUUUAUUGGAGAAAAGAGAAGCGAAUAGAGUUAAAUAACCCGAGGAGUAGUGUCCUGCCAGUGUGGUUUAGGCUGCUCCUAUCAGGCAAGAAGUGAGAGCAGUUGUUGACCUCGAUGUCGCAGUACCACAUCACGGUGCAGGAGGGGAGCCGGCUGCCGCCGGUGCGGAGAUGCUCGCAGUGCUGCAUGUCCUACCACUGCCCGCUCUGCGGCCCUCAUGUCUACAAGCCAGCACACAGAUACAAAGUCCACAGGCAUCUGAAAUGUCACCUCUCCAGAGCCGUUCGCUUUAAAGGUUACAGCAUCUACAAGUGCAACCUGGGAUGUCGGCCACAAGCUCAUUUCCAUUGUUUUUGUGAGAAACUGUUCCUGAAUCGUAAUCAGUUCAUUCAUCACCUGAAUACAAAACAUGAGUUCCUUCCUGCAACGGAUCACGGUGGUGGUGGCGACGACGACGACGAUGGUGCAGAGGAGACGCUACCUCUGUCUCCAUCAUCAGGACAGCAACCUAAUGCUGAUCCGAGUCCAACUUGUGCUCCUGUCGGUGAUACGCCGAGCUCAUGUGAGGCAAAUAGUGUGACGACAUGGACCUCAGGCGCUUUUUCAAGCAUAGCCGCACCUCCAGUGAGUGAAGGACCUGCUUUAAAUAAUGAACUAGCCUCAGCACCCUCAGGUGAGUCAGAAAUAGGGCCAGAGAGACUUGCAGUGCGCCCACAGUGCAACAUGGUGAGGAACAUAAGAUGCCUUCACAUGCACAUGAAAAUGAAACACUCCAGCAGAGCUGCAGGAGUUACAUCAAGUUCACCCCUCAGAGAGAGCAUCAACGCAACAACAGAAUCGCCACCAGUUGUUGGAGGAUCAGAGUGUCAUCUCAAUCCCACUCCUGUGGAGCUGGAGAUCUUGACCCAGCUGAGAGUGCUCCAGCAGCAGCAGAGCCAGAUCCUACAGCUGCUGCUGAAACUCACCAACACCGGCGGCGUUAAUGACUCCACUGCGGCUGAUCUGGGAGCCGUGUUCCCCGUCACAGAUGAGGAAGGACUCGCUACGUUGGCGCUUAAGCUCAUUGAAACCCCAGACUUAAAAAAUCGGCUUAUCAGUUUUUUGGGGGAUAAUGACGGACUCCCUAUUGAUCAAACAGUACAGCGGAUACUGGAAAGGAUGCUGUCCAACACAUUUGCAAAGAGAAUGGACUGGAGAGGGAAAAACAACAAGGUGUCCUUUGCAUCCUCCUGUUUGAAGGAAAUUGUAAACGAUGCAGUGAGGAGGAACAGUGUGUGUGCCAGAGCUGCGGACGAAGCGGUGGAGUCUGUGGUGAAGAAAUGGCUGCAGCAGGCCGGAGAGAGGGAUGAGGGAGCAGAGGGAAGGAGAGAAGAGAGAGAAGUGCAUCAUUGAUGUCUACAUUCCACAGAAAUGCUGGAGGACAAAACUUACUCUGAUCUCUUACACAUCCGUUUAUUAUCCUUCUGUCCUUUCUGUCUUUUGCUCUCUGCAUUCUUCUCUUCAGUUAAAUGGCUGAAUUGACUGUCACAUGAAAUGUGUUACAUUAAACUUGUGUCCCAUUAAUUCAAGUUUGGUUUGGCUCUGACUUGACUGUUGAUAACGGCCUGUCUGAAGGACUAUGUGGAAACUCUAUGAUGAGGAUUUCUUCAUGGGUGUCAGUACUAACCUCCAGUGGUGUUGUUCGGUGACAGCGAUCAGAGAAAGAAAAAGACAGGUUUUCAAAUGGAUUUAGUUUGGCUAAAAUGUUACGGUUGCUGGUAAUAUAUAAUAUACAUUUAUAUAAGUCUCAAAUCACUGUAUAUUAGGACAAGGUCUCUACUCUGAUCUAACAACAAGCAAAAAACACUUUAUGCGGCCCAGCAAUAAAUCCUCAUCCCACCACUUUCACUCUUCUCACGUGUCUUACUGUGACAUGUAUUUUGCCACGUGUUCAUUCCUAUAUAUCCUGUAAUUACAAACAAAGUCUUAUCAUAUCUACCUUAAGUGAUACAAUGAUUUAGAGCUGAUAAGAGCAGUGUAGGGUUACUGUAUUACUAGAAUAUACACUAAGCACAUCUUGUCAGUAGAUGGCUGUGUUGCACCUCGAUUCUGUGUAAUUACCGUACAUUCUAUUAAAAAAUACCAAAUUUUAAAAGUCUUGACAUUGAAAUCCAUGGGGUUGGAAGCACCAUGUGGCCAAAGCAUGUUUAAUGAUCAAGGAAGUGCACUUGUAGCCCAGGGAAUUCAAAAUUACCAGCCAAUUAGAACAAUUAUGACAACAUAAAAUGGUAUUUCAGCUACUUAUUGCUCAUAUAACAUUGU